UUCAUUAGUAAGGAUGCUUUUGUAAACCCAUACUAAAACCCUACCUUUCCCACUCCCUCUUAACCCGGCGACUGAAACCCCCAACCCGCCGCACCAGCAGCUGCUUCCCUACCCACCGGUGCCACGACGCAGCAUCCACGACACCGGAAGCAGCCACGCACCGUCAACAACUGUUCCCAUCUGCCGCCGGCCUUCUACUACGCCUGGAUUGAUUAAUGGGUUCCUCCAAUAUCAGAGAUAUUUUGAGUUGUUUUAGCCCCUCUCUUGAUUUUUUUGCCAUCACUUGUGGUGAUGGCCGGAUUAAGAUAUGGGAUACAGUGAAAGGGCAGCUUCAGACUGAAUUUUCUGAUAUUGCGUUGAAUGAUGAGACAAAUUUGUUUACUAAGCCGGAAAAAAGAGGUCAUCUUUCCAUUGAUUACACUUGCAUGAAGUGGGUGUCCUUUAAUAAGAAGAAGAAAAGGAAGCUGGAUACAUCAUUGUUGGUACUAGGAACUGGCAGUGGUGAUCUACUGGCAUUAGAUGUUUCUGCAGGUCAAUUAAAGUGGAAAAGCAACGAUUGCCAUCCAGGGGGAGUUACUGCAAUCGCAUUUUCUUCACGAGGUUCUUGCAUUUAUACAUCUGGUGCUGAUGGAAUGGUCUCUGAAGUUGAUCCAAAUACUGGAAACCUGUUGAAAAGUUUCAAAGCUUCCACUAAAUCAGUGUCCAGCAUGUGUGUUUCACCAGAUGGAAAAAUAAUAGCUACUGCAGCUUCUCAAAUGAAGAUAUUUAACUCAGAUCAUAAAAAGAUUCAGAAGUUUACUGGUCAUCCUGGUGCUGUACGCUGUAUGACUUUGAGUGAAGAUGGAAAGUAUGUCUUUUCUUCUUCUGGUGGGGAGAGAUAUGUUGCAGUUUGGAUGGUAGAUGGAAGCAAGAAGCAGUGUGCUAUUUGUGCUCUUGCAAUGGAUCACCCUUCUAUCUAUAUUGACUGCAAGUACUUGGACUGCAGUGAUGCAAAUGAAGCUGGGUUUUAUGUUUUGGCAAUUUCUGAGGUUGGCGUGUGCUACUUUUGGUAUGGAAAGGAUAUUGAGGAAUUACAGAAGGCAAAACCGACCAAGAUCUCUUUAUUAGUUGAGGAAUCCUAUGACAACCUCAGAGGUGCUUUGCCUUACAUAUAUGCUGCAAGGAUCCAAAAUGCGUCUGAGCCCGCUGCAAUUUCUGUGUUUCUUGCUCAUGGAUUUUUAACCAAACCGUCAUUUGAGAAAAUUUUGGUUCGUCAUGGGGAAGAUCUAAAGAUAAACAUAUCUAGAAAAGGGUUACUUUUGCCAUCAAGCCAGCCUCAUAAAACUAAAAAACAAGUGGAUCUACAAACUGGAGCAACAGCACUAGAUCGUGCCAAUGCAGAAGGAGCGUUGUGUCCCAUACCGAAGGUCCUUUAUCACGAAAGAACAAAGCAAGAUCAAUCUUUUCAAUCUGACAAAAGUCAAGCAAUAUCAAUUGAGUCAAGAGCUGAUUUUGAUGUCAUGGCAUGCCCCAUGGAGAAUCGACUUAAAACUCUAGGUAUAAUAAGUGAUUGCGAUAGAGAAAUAGCCAAAUCAGAGAAAGCUUCCAGCUUGCUAAAGGAUAUUAACCUUGAAAUUAUGGUUCCUUUGAAGAAGAUGAGGGCAACAAUCUUGUCUAUUCUUCCCAGUGACGCAUUCAAAAUAUUAAACAUUUUGGUUGAUCUGUGGUUGUCAAGAUCUUGCCAUGGAAAGUUUGUUCUUCCAUGGAUUUGUAAUAUAUUGGUACAUCAUGGUGAUCAGAUAUUAUCCCAAGAACCUGAGAAUCCUACAAUUUAUUCUCUACAUAAGCUUGGUAAAUCUAAGGGUUCAGCGAUUCAGUCUUUGUUGCAGUUAUGUGGUCGUGUACAGCUUGUGAUUGCACAGAUUGAUAAGGCUCUCCUGUUGAAAACACAUCCCUUUCUACCUGACAAUGAAGUUGUUGAAAGUGAAGACGAAGAUGAAGAUGUUGACUAUGUUUUUGGGAAAGAAGAUGAUGAUUCCCCUUCUAGUAGUGAAGACCAUGACGAGUAAAUCAUGAGUUCAAAGCUAUGCUGUUAAUGCCAGUAUACUAACUGAUUGGCCACUAUGUGAUUGAUGUAGCUUUUUCAUCUUGUUACCGUCUUCUGCAUGAAUCCUGCGUCAUCUCAGUAAAUGAGCAAAGCUGUGUGUCGUUCUAUUCUAGCACAUAGCUUCACAAUUUUGUCUAAUAUUGUUUUUGUUGUAGGGUAGUUGGUUUUUCAACUAGUUAAAAUAUUGAUAAAUUUUUGACAUAUUCUUUUUAUAAUCAACUUGUAUUGUUAGGAUUUUGACAUUGGUAAUAUAUAAUUUUUCUGUAUUCCUAA